AUGAGCAAGCGGCGGACCUUUAUUUGCCUCUUCGUCUCCGUGUACACGCUCCUCCUCUUCCUCUCAUGGAAUUUCCUCCAAUCCGUCCUCUCCUGGUACGAGUCCUCCUCCUCCUCCUCCUCAUCGGCAUGGGCGGACACACGGGCGCCGCUCUACGCCUCGGCCCUGCUCGGGGCUGCUUUCGGUGUCCUAUCGAUGGUGGCGGCGCUCGCGGUGGCAGUGCCGGCUACGCUGGUGAUGUGGAUAACCGUGCUGGUGCUGCUAGCCUUCUGCGGCAAAUCGAGGAAGACGCUGGAGGCGGAGGGCAAGAAAUUGACGGCGGAGAUCAUCGGCUUUGUGGUUAAGGUGCUGAUCAAGGAAGGGAAUCUCGUCGCCACUGUUUAUGCUGUGCUUGGAUAUUUUGCACACUAG